AUGACGAGCAUGCAUUGCACACUGGUACCAACUCCUCCACCGCCGUUUUAUGGCGUUUGCAUGGAAGACACCAUGUCGCUUGGGUACGCGUGCGCUUCCGGUGUGGAAAGCGACAUGGCCGCAAAACCUAUCUUGGCAGAGCGCUACAAGACAAAGUUUUGUCGCAACUACGUGCUAACCGGCAUAUGCCCCUACCAGAGACGUUGCAUGUUUGCACACGGUGAUCACGAGCUUCGUACACCGGAAAUGAACAUACGUGAUGGGCUCGUGACGGAAGAAGCUAUUCGUCUCUUUCGGCGUCAAUUUUUAUCCGAUAUAUGUGCAUUUGACAGGCUUCGCCGACGGGGGUUUCCGGCACCGCCGUAUUUCUACCACGCCAUGGGUGUUUGCAUGUCGGACUGUGGGGUACCAGUGAGGAUGGCACCGGCAAAAAUUUAUACGCACAAUCCCUAUAAGUCCGACAUCAUUCCGUUGCAAAACCGUCUGUAUAGUCAGCCGCCCGCUUUGGCGAUGAUGACAGCUGCGACGGUGAUGCCACAAUAUUAUGAAGAAGGGACGAUGUGCCGCAGCAGCUGUGAUCCCAGUGAACAUCAAGAUGACUUUGAGCCCUGUGUUGAAAUUGUAAGUUCACCCCGCUGUUACGCAUGCAAUGAAAGUGAUGACGCUGAACCCUCCGCGUGCAGCAGCAUUGGCAGCGACUCUGAGGACAACCGACAGUCAACACCCUGCAAGGAAUACAUCAAUGAGUCAAUGCCUUCUGAGGAGGUGAUGAGCGGGGAGGCGGCAUUGCAGUAA